CCAAAAUAUCCUAAAACUUUGCACAUUUGCUCAAAAAUGGCCUCUCAUUUUAACCUCUUCCUCACCUCCUUACUUGUUCUUCUCUUCCACAUCUCACCUUCCGCCUCUCUCACAUGCUCCUCUCAAACUUUCUCAGCCAACACUCGUUUCACCAAUUGCACUAAUCUUCCUUCUCUCAAAUCUUUCCUCCAUUGGACCUUUGACCCAACCAAAUCCACUCUGUCUGUUGCCUUCAGUGCUUCUCCAGCUUCCCCUGAUGGGUGGAUUGCUUGGGGCAUUAACCCCAUUGCCCCAGCUAUGAUUGGCACACAAUCCCUUAUAGCAUUCAAAAAUCCCAAAGGGUCCAUGGUUGUUAAGACUUACAACCUUACUUCAUACAAAUCAAUUACAGAGUCCAAGCUUUUAUACAAUGUUUUGGAUUCCAACGCAGAGUCAUCUGAUGGGGUCAUGAAAAUCUUCGCUACGUUGGAGUUGCCUAAAAAUAUGAAGACGGUGAAUCAAGUAUGGCAGGUGGGACCGGCGGUGAAAGAUGGAAUGCCGGUGGUGCAUAAGUUUGAACCUGAUAAUUUGAAAUCUAAAGCUACUCUGGAUUUGACUACUGUUGAAGGGAAUAAGAAUGCAAAUGCAAAUGCUACUUCUUCUUCUACCAGUACUGGGCAAAGUGGAAAUGAAACUGGAGGAUCUUCAACAGUUUUGAAGACUGAAACCAUUGCUUUUUCCUUCUUCUUCCUUGGACUUGUGCUUUUGCAGCUUUAGCUGUUGUUUUUAAGUUUUUGUCCUUUUUUUCCUUCCUUCAAUUUCGGUUAUGUAAUAACGACUGUCAAUUAGUGGUAGUGGCCAAGGAAACCAGGUUACAAAUAUUCCAGAUUUAUGUAUGAUUCUAUACAGUUUAUAAUAAUGUUCCUCUUUAUCUAA